AAAUUAAAUUUAAAUGAACAGCAGCCUAAUAAUAAAGCCAACUUUUCAAAGAAUUUGGAUGAGAUGUCUCACCUCAUUCAGAAAGCCAUUGUCAUCAGAGGUUCUAACAAGUUACUUGCGGCAGACCAAGGAACCACCAUGGACAUCCUAUUUUGUCAAGUACAAUGACGUAAUAAAUGAUCAACGUGGUAUGUCCCACUUCAACUGGCCAGUCGGUUCAAGUAAUUAUCAUGUAUUACGAACUGGUUGUUUUCCCUAUAUAAAAUAUCAUUGUACAAAACGUAUUGAAGAAGAUCUUACAAUGGAUGACAAAUUCUUCAAGGCUAUCAAGAUAAUAAACCUUGGUAUUCCAUGUUUACUUUAUGGAAUAGCAGCGACAUUAUUGAUUAAACACCUGGAAAUUGUCAAUACACCCCGAGGCAAUGUUACAAUCUACUUUUUGCUUCCUGAGGACAAAUCUUCUGUUACUUAGGUGAAGGAUGAAAGUGUGUAGAGCUGUUAUCCAAGGAUAGCCAUUAAUGAUGAUGAUGGUGAUGAAUAACCACGUAUACUUUUUGAUAUUUUAAAUUAACUUGCACAUAUAAGGGGUUUUUUUCUAAUUGACUCGAUUCGCUAUCAUGGGUAUGCUGUGUUUCGAAUAAUUGACUUAAUUAGCAAGUGUUGAAUUUGUUUUUAAAAAUUUAUAUCAAACACAUGUCUUGAAUAUUAUCUUGAAAUAUAUACUUGGUUUUAAAUUUUUUUCCAAUUUUUUUGUAUUUAUUAUCAAUGGGUUGUUUAUUUUGU